GCUCCGUUGGAGCGGCUUCAGCGGCCUUUUCUAGCCGCGGAAACAGGACGAUGGAACAGGAGGGCAUCUACCAAGUUGUUCUGCCAGGUCUGCCAACAGGUCGUUAUGUUUUAAAUACAGUUUUUUUGCACGCUGAUAUUACGGCGCGACCGUACCGGAUUGAAGAUUUCCGUGACGCAUUGGCACCGCAUUCGCUUCUUCCGGAUGUUAUCGCCCUGGGGGCGUAUCGCAUGAGCCAUGUCUGGGCUAUCACUUUCAAGGACGCGGACGCGGUGAAGAAGAUCUCGAGCAUCGGGGAGCUGCGUGGAAAAAACCGGCGCUGCCUGGUGAUUGACCCGGCGAACCAGGACGUUCGACUGAAGCUCCACUGGCUUCUACACAAUGUGCCUGAUGAGGACGUGCGUGUCGCCUUUGCGCCCUAUGGGAAAGUUACCGAAGUAGGCCGGGAGCGCUGGCGUGUGCAAGGUAUGACAGAGAAGGGAUCAACCACCCGGCUUGUCACCCUCAAGUUGAAAGCGGGCGUGAAGUUGGAUGACUUGCCACACCAGCUGAGCGUUGGCGGUGAGUUGGCGCUUGUGGUACCAGGCAGACCCCCGCUGUGCCUUCGGUGUCGCGGUACGGGCCACAUCCGCAAGGAAUGUCGAGUCCCGCGUUGCGGAACCUGCCGACGCUUCGGGCACGAAGACGACCAGUGUACUCGCACUUACGCGAGCAUUACAGGCCCGGGAACCAGCGAGGACUCGUCCGAGAUGCUGAUGGACGAGGCGGAUGCUGAGGAAGCAGCCCGUGUGGGUGGACAACCACAGCGCCAGACUCGGCCAUCAUUCACGACUCUGGUGAAGCAGAAGGCGGGGCCGUCCGGCGCAACAGAUGGUAGUGUACAGGCGCAGCAUAAGCCUGAACAGGACGACGAUGACAAGGCAAAGGAGGCGGCGAAAGCCGCGGACGCUAAAGAAAGCAGCGUGGAGACCCCCGGCAUUGAUACCAUGGAGACGAACCAGGAAGCGGCGAGCACCAUUGCUGGAAAACGUCCGCAUGAAGAAAGCGGAGACGUCAAGCUGCAGCCUGGCGGUAGCGGCGAUGAGCCUCCGCCGAAGGCAGGGGGACUGAGACGCUCGUCUUUAAAACCGCGGCCGAACAUUCCGGCCGACACGCGGAAGGCGGGGAAACCGCCUCCGUAGUAACACAGUGUCCUGGUCGGUGUCAGCGCCGGUUGUGUUGGUUGACAGGUGUCAAGAGGUCCUGGCAGUCGUGAG